AUGCUAGCGAGUACGUCUAGAAAUGCGAAGGAGCUGGUCCAGCCAGCUGUUCAGGCGAACAAGGAGCACCAGUACGCGCUCAAAGUUUACACCGAGCGUCUAGAGACAGAGCUAGAGCAUCUGGACAAGUUGCUGGCUUCUGCGGAAGUCUCAGACGUGGAUGAGGAUGAAACUGCCAACGCCGGAGGGAACGUGCUCGUACCCGGUGCGGCGAGGCCACGGAGUAUCAUACCUUUGAAUGACUUGGUCGCAGAAUCCUCCCCAUUUUAUAGCGAUGUACUGAGAAGACAGCGCUAUGAAGACCUUACGGUAGUGCAUCCCAUGAAGGCGCAGGAGCUGGAAGCACUAGCAGACGCUGUACGCUCCGAGAACUACCGAGUCUAUGCGCUGCAAGCCCAGGCUCAAGGCCUCCAAUUUUAUGCCGGGCUCGCGGAACCACCCCCAGGAUUCAUAAACACAAACAAGCAUGGCAUCGACUGGGACCGUGUCGCACAGAAGCCUCUCGAGGUCUCCUCCGCCGGCCCCUCCGUCCAAAGGACCGCUAAAGAAUGUGAGAUUCGCUGGUUGGGCGACCGCCACCCACAAUUCAAUGAUGCUCAGUGGACGCAGGCAGAGGUCGCCAAGGUCAGAGAACUGGUCGACGGCGCGCACGAAGGGGAGGUCGACUGGUCUGAAAUCGCCGAAAAGCUUGGGACGGGACGUACACCAGUAGAUUGCAUGCGCCAUGCGAUCCCUCGGAGGACGCAUUCGUGGACACCGGACGCAGACAAGCGGCUUUUGGAAGCCGUCAAUAUCUACGGGACUGAUGGUUGGGCUCUCGUCGCACGAUGGGUCUCAGAAGACGCGACCGCCUCUCAAUGCCAGAACCGCUACCUGCGCACUCUUGAUCCGACCCUCAGGAGGGGUCCAUGGACGCCGGAUGAAGACGAGCGAGUAAAGCAGGCCGUCGCCGUGUGCGGGCACGUCUGGGUCGACGUAGCCACCUACGUGGAGGGCCGCAACAACGAGCAAUGCCGUGACAGGUAUCAGGAGUAUCUGAACCCAGCUGUAGCCAAGGGCAAGUGGACAGAGGAGCAAGAUGCUGCGCUGUUGAAGGCGGUCGAGCAGGUAGGCAUGGGCAAGUGGAAGGAGGUCAGCCAGGUGCUCAAUGCUGGGCGUACGGAUAACAUGUGUCGGAUGCGAUAUGGUGUGCUCACGAGGCCCAAAAGGCCGAGCAAGAAUACGUCGCCAGGUCCCUCGGACGGCCUAGCCACUGCAGAGGUGCCAUCCAAGGGUACAUCUAAGGCCUCAUCGCGCGCUCGCACGAAGCAGCCGUCCGGCCCGUCGACGCCUGCAAACGAGUCGACGCCUGCGUACGAGGGCCAACCGCAGUUCCUCAUUCUCCAUCCCGAGUCCUACGUGGCCCCUUCUUCGGGCGGCACUCCUGUUCCGAGCGCAAACCCCAAACCUAGGCCACGGCCGCGAAAGAAGAAACCCCCUGCGACCGCGGAUACUGCUGAAGCAGUGCCCCCUGAGCAGCAAGCGGGACCUUCGACGUUUGAGUCCGCUCCCGACAAUACCUCUAGCGCGGAUAUCCCUGCUCCUCCAUCGGAGGAUGCGACGGUGGUUGCCCAGAAAAGGUCCAGGGCAAUGGCUGGCAGUCCGGGCCCGCAGCCCACCGAGGAAGAGGUCGCGGUAGAGGAAGGGGGCGGGGAACCAGAAGUCGCGGUCGGGCACGAGGGCGUGGCCGUGGUCGCGGCCGUGGAGGCGGUGCGCGGGGGGAGUCUUCGGUGGGACCAAACGAACAAGAAGGGGCGGCAGAGGGUUCGGACCCAAACAGCGCGAUGGAUGCCACGGGUCCGUUGA